AUGAUUAUUCCUAUUCGCUGCUUUUCCUGCGGAAAGGUGACUGGUGACCUUUGGGAGCGAUACCUCAAGUUGAUCGAUGAGGGCCAUCAAGAUGGUGAUGCUAUGGACUCCCUAGGACUUAAGCGCUAUUGCUGUCGUCGCAUGAUUAUGACUCAUGUCGACCUCAUCGAGAAGCUGCUCAAGUAUACCCCCGACGGACGCAACGAGAAGAAGAUCCAACUUCAGCAACGAUAA